AGUGAAACCACAAUUUUCAAACACUCAUAAAUCAUAAUCGUAACCAGAAACCAGAUAACUCCCGAAGCUAGAUUCUGUAGUAGUUAAGUAGAGUGGACCAGUACAUGUAGCUUUGUUCCAGACCAAUCAAAUCAAUCUCAAAAACCAGUUUAGUCAACAACAUUAAUGGCCUCACUACCAUUUCCAUCGCCAAAACUAAGCUCACUGAUCCACCAAAACAGAGGAACCAGAUUCCUUAUCCCAAAAACAUGGAACAAUCAUCUUCUUAAAUGGUGCAACAACAGUCAUGAUAGUCCAACUUUUGGACUCACCCUUCCUUCUAAUCCUCACUCUCAUCCUCUUUAUUAUCCUCUUUCGUUUCGUCAUCAUCUUCGUCUUCCUUGCUGUCCUCUUUCACCUCUGUUCAGACCAAAUUCACCUACUUUUCGAUAUUCUCUCUCCUCCAUGACCACUCCUCCUCAAGCCACUUCCGACUCGACCCAUUCCAUCUCCACCAAAACGGUGAGGGUUGUGAUCAAGGGUCGUGUUCAGGGAGUUUUUUACAGGAACUGGACUAUUGAAAAUGCAAACCAGUUGGGUUUGAAGGGUUGGGUUCGGAAUAGGAGAGAUGGGUCCGUGGAAGCUCUUUUUUCUGGGAACCCUGACUCGGUCCAAGAGAUGGAACAGAGGUGUCGCCGGGGCCCUCCAUCGGCGGUGGUUACUGGAUUAGAGGUGUCUCCUAGCACUGAUGACCCUGGCACUGGCUUCCAGCGCAAGCCCACGGUUUGAUAUGAUCAAAUUACUAUAAUGAAAAUUAUAACUUUUGUAAUAAAAUUAACAUGGUAUAAGAACUUGGUUACUGUAUUUACUGAGAAUCUUGAUGACAGUAAAAUCUGUGCUUGUCAUUGCUAAUUGUACUUUUCUGUACUGAUAUGAAAUGUUUACUAUCUUUGUCAUGA